UUCACCUCGCCCUUGCGAGUUUACAACCCUUCUCGCGUCGACAUCUCGACGAGAUGUCCUCCCAACCUUUCCUCUAUCGAUGAAAAAAAACUCAUCCGUCCGCUCGAAACCUUGCCUCUUCCUACGCUCGUGGAUGAAUUCGUAUUCGUGGCAUUUCGCAGAAAUCGCGAGCCGGUGGUGAGGAGCGAUCGGAUCGAGAUCAAGAAGAAGAAGCUGCACGUGCAUCGAGCCGUGGCCGAGGACAGCGGGAUGUACAACUGUCUGGCGAAGAACGACGCCGGCUCCUCCCCGAAAAUGGAAAGCUUCCCCCUGAUCGUCUCGAGCAACGAGACCGCCUCGGUCAAGGUCGUUCCAAGGGACCUGAUCGCGAAGAGGGGCGAGCCGGCUGUCCUCCACUGCGUGUUCGAGGAUGCCGACUCGGUGCAGUGGUUCUUCAAGGACAUGGGCCCGCUCGAGACAGACGACGAGAGGACCGUGUUCGAGAAUGGCACGUUGGUCAUACGAUCGGCCGAGCACAGGGACCAAGGCUUCUAUUCCUGCCACGGUGAUCGGGGAGAGACUACCAUCAGCUACACGGUCGAUCUUCAAAUAGCUUAUUUGAUGAACCUUUCCGCGGCCUCGUUCGAACCCCUGUUGUCGAACCAAGUGGCCGUGGUUGGCGAGGAGCAGGAGUUGCAAGUCAGCUGUUUGGAACCAUCCGGCCUCCCGUCUCCGAGGGUCUAUUGGAGGGAUCCCAAGGGGCACAUUAUAAGCGACUCCGGCCCUGUUCGCGUUCAGGAUAACACGCUCAUCGUCGCGAAGGCGAGGAUAGGCGAGGAUGACGGCAAUUACACUUGCGUCGCCGAGAAUAUGGCCGGGGAGACCGAUAUUUCCGCCCAAGUGGUCAUCUCGACUCCACCGACGUUGAUAAGCUCGCCCGAGAGUCUAAGCGUGAUGGAGGGUGACUCCGUGACGAUGACGUGCUCCUAUUCCGGCAUGGACGCGCCUGUGACCCACGUUCGUUGGCUCAAGGACGGGGAGCCUCUGAAAGAGAGCGGCGGGCCGACGAGGCACCGAGUAACCGAUCACCACGGCAACGUGACCCUGCACUUGAAGAGCGCCGACCUGUCCGACAAGGGCGGUUACACGUGCGAGAUAACCACGAAAGGCUUCCCGUCGAUAUUUUCGGAACGAGCCAGCCUCACUGUCGAGGAGAAGCUCAAGUUCUCCCCGCAACCGGUGGACAAGCGGCUCGAGCUUGGCUCCACGGCCAAAGUGCCUUGCAAGUCUCAGGGCGCCACUAAUCCCACGGUGAAGUGGAUCAAAGAGGGGUCAGGCGAAGAAUUCCCGAAGCACGUGCAAGAUAUCAAUGGAACUCUCCAUUUCAAUGGAGUUCUCGAGGAAGACAAGGGUCGGUACACGUGCAUAGCCAGCAACGCCCAAGGAUCGAUCAACCACACCAUCAGUAUCGACGUAGUCAGUGAGUGUCUCCUCUCCCUCUCUCUCUCUCUCUCUCUCUCU